AAAAACUUUUCUCGGGGCCUGUCAGCGGUCCACAGGGAGCAGGCAAACCACCAGUGCUCCGCCGUUGUGAUCAGUCAGCGCUUUGCGCUGACGAUCUCAACGUGCCUCGACGGCGCUGGGAAUUUCCUGUCUGUGGAUAUCUUCCAGCCGAGAGACCAUGCGAAUUUCAGUCAAGAUGACGACAACUUCCACCAGCUGGUGAGGAGAGACGAAGCGGCGAGGCGUUCAACACAUCCAGCCGACGCGCCUGACGUCGUUCUGAUAAAAUUGCCACGUCCCAUAGACGUCCCCCGCCCGGCGUUCAAAAAUCGUAUUGGAAACAUCGGAAGCAUCGAAGACGUCGACGAUGAACACAUUUGGGGCGCCGGAAAAGUUUCCAGCGGCGAAAAUAUCCUAGUUAAUAUCGCUAAUGGGGACGAGAUAUUUGUGCCCGACGCCUGGCGGCCUGGAGAGUACUGGAAGCUGAGAGCCGGCCGUUUGGAGGACUGCCCGGGCACGUGGGAAGGUGGAGAGAAGCUGGCGUGUGCGCUCUGGACGGGACCGA